AUGAGAGCUAUUCCCUGGCUUAGGCUCAAGACGUAUGCCAACUUCCCAGAAGCACCUCAGGAGGAGGCUUCUCUCAGCAAUAGGCUCAAGACGUAUGCCAACUUCCCAGAAGCACCUCAGGAGGAGGCUUCUCUCAGCAAUAGGCUCAAGACGUAUGCCAACUUCCCAGAAGCACCUCAGGAGGAGGCUUCUCUCAGCAAUAGGCUCAAGACGUAUGCCAACUUCCCAGAAGCACCUCAGGAGGAGGCUUCUCUCAGCAAUAGGCUCAAGACGUAUGCCAACUUCCCAGAAGCACCUCAGGAGGAGGUUUCUCUCAGCAAUAGGCUCAAGACGUAUGCCAACUUCCCAGAAGCACCUCAGGAGGAGGCUUCUCUCAGCAAUAGGCUCAAGACGUAUGCCAACUUCCCAGAAGCACCUCAGGAGGAGGUUUCUCUCAGCAAUAGGCUCAAGACGUAUGCCAACUUCCCAGAAGCACCUCAGGAGGAGGCUUCUCUCAGCAAUAGGCUCAAGACGUAUGCCAACUUCCCAGAAGCACCUCAGGAGGAGGCUUCUCUCAGCAAUAGGCUCAAGACGUAUGCCAACUUCCCAGAAGCACCUCAGGAGGAGGCUUCUCUCAGCAAUAGGCUCAAGACGUAUGCCAACUUCCCAGAAGCACCUCAGGAGGAGGCUUCUCUCAGCAAUAGGCUCAAGACGUAUGCCAACUUCCCAGAAGCACCUCAGGAGGAGGUUUCUCUCAGCAAUAGGCUCAAGACGUAUGCCAACUUCCCAGAAGCACCUCAGGAGGAGGCUUCUCUCAGCAAUAGGCUCAAGACGUAUGCCAACUUCCCAGAAGCACCUCAGGAGGAGGCUUCUCUCAGCAAUAGGCUCAAGACGUAUGCCAACUUCCCAGAAGCACCUCAGGAGGAGACUUCUCUCAGCAAUAGGCUCAAGACGUAUGCCAACUUCCCAGAAGCACCUCAGGAGGAGGUUUCUCUCAGCAAUAGGCUCAAGACGUAUGCCAACUUCCCAGAAGCACCUCAGGAGGAGGCUUCUCUCAGCAAUAGGCUCAAGACGUAUGCCAACUUCCCAGAAGCACCUCAGGAGGAGGCUUCUCUCAGCAAUAGGCUCAAGACGUAUGCCAACUUCCCAGAAGCACCUCAGGAGGAGGCUUCUCUCAGCAAUAGGCUCAAGACGUAUGCCAACUUCCCAGAAGCACCUCAGGAGGAGGCUUCUCUCAGCAAUAGGCUCAAGACGUAUGCCAACUUCCCAGAAGCACCUCAGGAGGAGGCUUCUCUCAGCAAUAGGCUCAAGACGUAUGCCAACUUCCCAGAAGCACCUCAGGAGGAGGCUUCUCUCAGCAAUAGGCUCAAGACGUAUGCCAACUUCCCAGAAGCACCUCAGGAGGAGGCUUCUCUCAGCAAUAGGCUCAAGACGUAUGCCAACUUCCCAGAAGCACCUCAGGAGGAGGCUUCUCUCAGCAAUAGGCUCAAGACGUAUGCCAACUUCCCAGAAGCACCUAAGGAGGAGGCUUCUCUCAGCAAUAGGCUCAAGACGUAUGCCAACUUCCCAGAAGCACCUCAGGAGGAGGCUUCUCUCAGCAAUAGGCUCAAGACGUAUGCCAACUUCCCAGAAGCACCUCAGGAGGAGGCUUCUCUCAGCAAUAGGUUCAAGACGUAUGCCAACUUCCCAGAAGCACCUCAGGAGGAGGCUUCUCUCAGCAAUAGGCUCAAGACGUAUGCCAACUUCCCAGAAGCACCUCAGGAGGAGGCUUCUCUCAGCAAUAGGCUCAAGACGUAUGCCAACUUCCCAGAAGCACCUCAGGAGGAGGCUUCUCUCAGCAAUAGGCUCAAGACGUAUGCCAACUUCCCAGAAGCACCUCAGGAGGAGGCUUCUCUCAGCAAUAGGCUCAAGACGUAUGCCAACUUCCCAGAAGCACCUCAGGAGGAGGCUUCUCUCAGCAAUAGGCUCAAGACGUAUGCCAACUUCCCAGAAGCACCUCAGGAGGAGGCUUCUCUCAGCAAUAGGCUCAAGACGUAUGCCAACUUCCCAGAAGCACCUCAGGAGAAGGCUUCUUUCAGCAAUAGGCUCAAGACAUAUGCCAACUUCCCAGAAGCACCUCAGGAGGAGGCUUCUCUCAGCAAUAGGCUCAAGACGUAUGCCAACUUCCCAGAAGCACCUCAGGAGGAGGCUUCUCUCAGCAAUAGGCUCAAGACGUAUGCCAACUUCCCAGAAGCACCUCAGGAGGAGGCUUCUCUCAGCAAUAGGCUCAAGACGUAUGCCAACUUCCCAGAAGCACCUCAGGAGGAGGCUUCUCUCAGCAAUAGGCUCAAAACGUAUUCCAACUUCCGAGAAGCACCUCAGGAGGAGGCUUCUCUCAGCAAUAGGCUCAAGACGUAUUCCAACUUCCCAGAAGCACCUCAGGAGGAGGCUUCUCUCAGCAAUAGGCUCAAGACGUAUGCCAACUUCCCAGAAGCACCUCAGGAGGAGGCUUCUCUCAGCAAUAGGCUCAAGACGUAUGCCAACUUCCCAGAAGCACCUCAGGAGAAGGCUUCUCUCAGCAAUAGGCUCAAGACAUAUGCCAACUUCCCAGAAGCACCUCAGGAGGAGGCUUCUCUCAGCAAUAGGCUCAAGACGUAUGCCAACUUCCCAGAAGCACCUCAGGAGGAGGCUUCUCUCAGCAAUAGGCUCAAGACGUAUGCCAACUUCCCAGAAGCACCUCAGGAGGAGGCUUCUCUCAGCAAUAGGCUCAAGACGUAUUCCAACUUCCCAGAAGCACCUCAGGAGGAGGCUUCUCUCAGCAAUAGGCUCAAGACGUAUGCCAACUUCCCAGAAGCACCUCAGGAGGAGGCUUCUCUCAGCAAUAGGCUCAAGACGUAUGCCAACUUCCCAGAAGCACCUCAGGAGGAGGCUUCUCUCAGCAAUAGGCUCAAGACGUAUGCCAACUUCCCAGAAGCACCUCAGGAGGAGGCUUCUCUCAGCAAUAGGCUCAAGACGUAUUCCAACUUCCCAGAAGCACCUCAGGAGGAGGCUUCUCUCAGCAAUAGGCUCAAGACGUAUGCCAACUUCCCAGAAGCACCUCAGGAGGAGGCUUCUCUCAGCAAUAGGCUCAAGACGUAUGCCAACUUCCCAGAAGCACCUCAGGAGGAGGCUUCUCUCAGCAAUAGGCUCAAGACAUAUGCCAACUUCCCAGAAGCACCUCAGGAGGAGGCUUCUCUCAGCAAUAGGCUCAAGACGUAUGCCAACUUCCCAGAAGCACCUCAGGAGGAGGCUUCUCUCAGCAAUAGGCUCAAGACGUAUGCCAACUUCCCAGAAGCACCUCAGGAUGAGGCUUCUCUCAGCAAUAGGCUCAAGACGUAUGCCAACUUUCCAGAAGCACCUCAGGAUGAGGCUUCUCUCAGCAAUAGGCUCAAGACGUAUGCCAACUUCCCAGAAGCACCUCAGGAGGAGGCUUCUCUCAGCAAUAGGCUCAAGACAUAUGCCAACUUCCCAGAAGCACCUCAGGAGGAGGCUUCUCUCAGCAAUAGGCUCAAGACGUAUGCCAACUUCCCAGAAGCACCUCAGGAGGAGGCUUCUCUCAGCAAUAGGCUCAAGACGUAUGCCAACUUUCCAGAAGCACCUCAGGAUGAGGCUUCUCUCAGCAAUAGGCUCAAGACGUAUGCCAACUUUCCAGAAGCACCUCAGGAGGAGGCUCUUCUCAGCAAUAGGCUCAAGACGUAUGCCAACUUCCCAGAAGCACCUCAGGAGGAUGCUUCUCUCAGCAAUAGGCUCAAGACAUAUGCCAACUUCCCAGAAGCACCUCCGGAGGAGGCUUCUCUCAGCAAUAGGCUCAAGACGUAUGCCAACUUCCCAGAAGCACCUCAGGAGGAGGCUUCUCUCAGCAAUAGGCUCAAGACGUAUGCCAACUUCCCAGAAGCACCUCAGGAGGAGGCUUCUCUCAGCAAUAGGCUCAAGACGUAUCCCAACUUCCGAGAAGCACCUCAGGAGGAGGCUUCUCUCAGCAAUAGGCUCAAGACGUAUGCCAACUUCCCAGAAGCACCUCAGGAGGAGGCUUCUCUCAGCAAUAGGCUCAAGACGUAUGCCAACUUCCCAGAAGCACCUCAGGAGGAGGCUUCUCUCAGCAAUAGGCUCAAGACGUAUGCCAACUUCCCAGAAGCACCUCAGGAGGAGGCUUCUCUCAGCAAUAGGCUCAAGACGUAUCCCAACUUCCGAGAAGCACCUCAGGAGGAGGCUUCUCUCAGCAAUAGGCUCAAGACGUAUGCCAACUUCCCAGAAGCACCUCAGGAGGAGGCUUCUCUCAGCAAUAGGCUCAAGACAUAUGCCAACUUCUCACAAGCACCUCAGGAGGAGGCUUCUCUCAGCAAUAGGCUCAAGACGUAUGCCAACUUCCGAGAAGCACCUCAGGAGGAGGCUUCUCUCAGCAAUAGGCUCAAGACAUAUGCCAACUUCCCAGAAGCACCUCAGGAGGAGGCUUCUCUCAGCAAUAGGCUCAAGACAUAUGCCAACUUCCCAGAAGCACCUCAGGAGGAGGCUUCUCUCAGCAAUAGGCAAAAGACAUAUGCCAACUUCCCAGAAGCACCUCAGGAGGAGGCUUCUCUCAGCAAUAGGCUCAAGAAGUAUGCCAACUUUCCAGAAGCACCUCAGGAGGAGGCUUCUCUCAGCAAUAGGCUAAAGACAUAUGCCAACUUCCCAGAAGCACCUCAGGAGGAGGCUUCUCUCAACAAUAGGCUCAAGACGUAUGCCAACUUCCCAGAAGCACCUCAGGAGGAGGCUUCUCUCAGCAAUAGGCUCAAGACGUAUGCCAACUUUCCAGAAGCACCUCAGGAGGAGGCUUCUCUCAGCAAUAGGCUCAAGACGUAUGCCAACUUUCCAGAAGCACCUCAGGAGGAGGUUUCUCUCAGCAAUAGGCUCAAGACGUAUGCCAACUUUCCAGAAGCACCUCAGGAGGAGGCUUCUCUCAGCAAUAGGCUCAACACGUAUGCCAACUUUCCAGAAGCACCUCAGGAGGAGGCUUCUCUCAGCAAUAGGCUCAAGACGUAUGCCAACUUUCCAGAAGCACCUCAGGAGGAGGCUUCUCUCAGCAAUAGGCUCAAGACGUAUGCCAACUUUCCAGAAGCACCUCAGGAGGAGGCUUCUCUCAGCAAUAGGCUCAAGACGUAUGCCAACUUUCCAGAAGCACCUCAGGAGGAGGCUUCUCUCAGCAAUAGGCUCAAGACAUAUGCCAACUUUCCAGAAGAACCUCAGGAGGAGGCUUCUCUCAGCAAUAGGCUCAAGACGUAUGCCAACUUUCCAGAAGCACCUCAGGAGGAGGCUUCUCUCAGCAAUAGGCUCAAGACGUAUGCCAACUUUCCAGAAGCACCUCAGGAGGAGGCUUCUCUCAGCAAUAGGCUCAAGACGUAUGCCAACUUUCCAGAAGCACCUCAGGAGGAGGCUUCUCUCAGCAAUAGGCUCAAGACGUAUGCCAACUUUCCAGAAGCACCUCAGGAGGAGGUUUCUCUCAGCAAUAGGCUCAAGACGUAUGCCAACUUUCCAGAAGCACCUGAGGAGGAGGCUUCUCUCAGCAAUAGGCUCAAGACGUAUGCCAACUUCCCAGAAGCACCUCAGGAGGAGGCUUCUCUCAGCAAUAGGCUCAAGACGUAUGCCAACUUUCCAGAAGCACCUCAGGAGGAGGUUUCUCUCAGCAAUAGGCUCAAGACGUAUGCCAACUUUCCAGAAGCACCUCAGGAGGAGGUUUCUCUCAGCAAUAGGCUCAAGACGUAUGCCAACUUUCCAGAAGCACCUCAGGAGGAGGUUUCUCUCAGCAAUAGGCUCAAGACGUAUGCCAACUUUCCAGAAGCACCUGAGGAGGAGGUUUCUCUCAGCAAUAGGCUCAAGACGUAUGCCAACUUUCCAGAAGCACCUCAGGAGGAGGCUUCUCUCAGCAAUAGGCUCAAGACGUAUGCCAAGUUUCCAGAAGCACCUCAGGAGGAGGCUUCUCUCAGCAAUAGGCUCAAGACGUAUGCCAACUUUCCAGAAGCACCUCAGGAGGAGGCUUCUCUCAGCAAUAGGCUCAAGACGUAUGCCAACUUUCCAGAAGCACCUCAGGAGGAGGCUUCUCUCAGCAAUCGGCUCAAGACGUAUGCCAACUUUCCAGAAGCACCUCAGGAGGAGGCUUCUCUCAGCAAUAGGCUCAAGACGUAUGCCAAGUUUCCAGAAGCACCUCAGGAGGAGGCUUCUCUCAGCAAUAGGCUCAAGACGUAUGCCAACUUUCCAAAAGCACCUCACGAGGAGGCUUCUCUCAGCAAUAGGCUCAAGACGUAUGCCAACUUUCCAGAAGCACCUCAGGAGGAGGCUUCUCUCAGCAAUAGGCUCAAGACGUAUGCCAACUUUCCAGAAGCACCUCAGGAGGAGGCUUCUCUCAGCAAUCGGCUCAAGACGUAUGCCAACUUUCCAGAAGCACCUCAGGAGGAGGCUUUUCUCAGCAAUAGGCUCAAGUCGUAUGCCAACUUUCCAAAAGCACCUCACGAGGAGGCUUCUCUCAGCAAUAGGCUCAAGACGUAUGCCAACUUUCCAGAAGCACCUCAGGAGGAGGCUUCUCUCAGCAAUAGGCUCAAGACGUAUGCCAACUUUCCAGAAGCACCUCAGGAGGAGGCUUCUCUCAGCAAUAGGCUCAAGACGUAUGCCAACUUUCCAGAAGCACCUCAGGAGGAGGUUUCUCUCAGCAAUAGGCUCAAGACGUAUGCCAACUUUCCAGAAGCACCUCAGGAGGAGGCUUUUCUCAGCAAUAGGCUCAAGUCGUAUGCCAACUUUCCAAAAGCACCUCACGAGGAGGCUUCUCUCAGCAAUAGGCUCAAGACGUAUGCCAACUUUCCAGAAGCACCUCAGGAGGAGGCUUCUCUCAGCAAUAGGCUCAAGACGUAUGCCAACUUUCCAGAAGCACCUCAGGAGGAGGCUUCUCUCAGCAAUAGGCUCAAGACGUAUGCCAACUUUCCAGAAGCACCUCAGGAGGAGGUUUCUCUCAGCAAUAGGCUCAAGACGUAUGCCAAGUUUCCAGAAGCACCUCAGGAGGAGGCUUCUCUCAGCAAUAGGCUCAAGACGUAUGCCAACUUUCCAGAAGCACCUCAGGAGGAGGCUUCUCUCAGCAAUAGGCUCAAGUCGUAUGCCAACUUUCCAAAAGCACCUCACGAGGAGGCUUCUCUCAGCAAUAGGCUCAAGACGUAUGCCAACUUUCCAGAAGCACCUCAGGAGGAGGCUUCUCUCAGCAAUAGGCUCAAGACGUAUGCCAACUUUCCAGAAGCACCUCAGGAGGAGGCUUCUCUCAGCAAUAGGCUCAAGACGUAUGCCAACUUUCCAGAAGCACCUCAGGAGGAGGUUUCUCUCAGCAAUAGGCUCAAGACGUAUGCCAAGUUUCCAGAAGCACCUCAGGAGGAGGCUUCUCUCAGCAAUAGGCUCAAGACGUAUGCCAACUUUCCAGAAGCACCUCAGGAGGAGGCUUCUCUCAGCAAUAGGCUCAAGACGUAUGCCAACUUUCCAGAAGCACCUCAGGAGGAGGCUUCUCUCAGCAAUAGGCUCAAGACGUAUGCCAACUUUCCAGAAGCACCUCAGGAGGAGGCUUCUCUCAGCAAUAGGCUCAAGACGUAUGCCAACUUUCCAGAAGCACCUCAGGAGGAGGCUUCUCUCAGCAAUAGGCUCAAGACGUAUGCCAACUUUCCAGAAGCACCUCAGGAGGAAGCUGCUCUCAGCAAUAGGCUCAAGACGGAUGCCAACUUUCCAGAAGCACCUCAGGAGGAGGCUUCUCUCAGCAAUAGGCUCAAGACGUUUGCCAACUUUCCAGAAGCACCUCAGGAGGAGGCUUCUCUCAGCAAUAGGCUCAAGACGUAUGCCAACUUUCCAGAAGCACCUCAGGAGGAGGCUUCUCUCAGCAAUAGGCUCAAGACGUAUGCCAACUUUCCAGAAGCACCUCAGGAGAAGGUUUCUCUCAGCAAUAGGCUCAAGACGUAUGCCAACUUUCCAGAAGCACCUCAGGAGGAGGCUUCUCUCAGCAAUAGGCUCAAGACGUAUGCCAACUUUCCAGAAGCACCUCAGGAGGAGGCUUCUCUCAGCAAUAGGCUCAAGACGUAUGCCAACUUUCCAGAAGCACCUCAGGAGGAAGCUGCUCUCAGCAAUAGGCUCAAGACGUAUGCGAACUUUCCAGAAGCACCUCAGGAGGAGGCUUCUCUCAGCAAUAGGCUCAAGACGUAUGCCAACUUUCCAGAAGCACCUCAGGAGGAGGUUUCUCUCAGCAAUAGGCUCAAGACGUAUGCCAACUUUCCAGAAGCACCUCAGGAGGAGGCUUCUCUCAGCAAUAGGCUCAACACGUAUGCCAACUUUCCAGAAGCACCUCAGGAGGAAGCUGCUCUCAGCAAUAGGCUCAAGACGUAUGCCAACUUUCCAGAAGCACCUCAGGAGGAGGCUUCUCUCAGCAAUAGGCUCAAGACGUAUGCCAACUUUCCAGAAGCACCUCAGGAGGAGGUUUCUCUCACCAAUAGGCUCAAGACGUAUGCCAACUUUCCAGAAGCACCUCAGGAGGAGGCUUCUCUCAGCAAUAGGCUCAAGACGUAUGCCAACUUUCCAGAAGCACCUCAGGAGGAGGCUUCUCUCAGCAAUAGGCUCAAGACGUAUGCCAACUUUCCAGAAGCACCUCAGGAGGAAGCUGCUCUCAGCAAUAGGCUCAAGACGGAUGCCAACUUUCCAGAAGCACCUCAGGAGGAGGCUUCUCUCAGCAAUAGGCUCAAGACGUUUGCCAACUUUCCAGAAGCACCUCAGGAGGAGGCUUCUCUCAGCAAUAGGCUCAAGACGUAUGCCAACUUUCCAGAAGCACCUCAGGAGGAGGCUUCUCUCAGCAAUAGGCUCAAGACGUAUGCCAACUUUCCAGAAGCACCUCAGGAGAAGGUUUCUCUCAGCAAUAGGCUCAAGACGUAUGCCAACUUUCCAGAAGCACCUCAGGAGGAGGCUUCUCUCAGCAAUAGGCUCAAGACGUAUGCCAACUUUCCAGAAGCACCUCAGGAGGAGGCUUCUCUCAGCAAUAGGCUCAAGACGUAUGCCAACUUUCCAGAAGCACCUCAGGAGGAAGCUGCUCUCAGCAAUAGGCUCAAGACGUAUGCCAACUUUCCAGAAGCACCUCAGGAGGAGGCUUCUCUCAGCAAUAGGCUCAAGACGUAUGCCAACUUUCCAGAAGCACCUCAGGAGGAGGUUUCUCUCAGCAAUAGGCUCAAGACGUAUGCCAACUUUCCAGAAGCACCUCAGGAGGAGGUUUCUCUCAGCAAUAGGCUCAAGACGUAUGCCAACUUUCCAGAAGCACCUCAGGAGGAGGCUUCUCUCAGCAAUAGGCUCAAGACGUAUGCCAACUUUCCAGAAGCACCUGACGAGGAGGCUUCUCUCAGCAAUAGGAUCAAGACGUAUGCCAACUUUCCAGAAGCACCUCAGGAUGAGGCUUCUCUCAGCAAUAGGCUCAAGACGUAUGCCAACUUUCCAGAAGCACCUCAGGAGGAGGCUUCUCUCAGCAAUAGGCUCAAGACGUAUGCCAACUUUCCAGAAGCACCUCAGGAUGAGGCUUCUCUCAGCAAUAGGCUCAAGACGUAUGCCAACUUUCCAGAAGCACCUCAGGAGGAGGCUUCUCUCAGCAAUAGGCUCAAGACGUAUGCCAACUUUCCAGAAGCACCUCAGGAGGAGGUUUCUCUCAGCAAUAGGCUCAAGACGUAUGCCAACUUUCCAGAAGCACCUCAGGAGGAAGCUUCUCUCAGCAAUAGGCUCAAGACGUAUGCCAACUUUCCAGAAGCACCUCAGGAGGAGGUUUCUCUCAGCAAUAGGCUCAAGACGUAUGCCAACUUUCCAGAAGCACCUCAGGAGGAGGCUUCUCUCAGCAAUAGGCUCAAGACGUAUGCCAACUUUCCAGAAGCACCUGACGAGGAGGCUUCUCUCAGCAAUAGGAUCAAGACGUAUGCCAACUUUCCAGAAGCACCUCAGGAUGAGGCUUCUCUCAGCAAUAGGCUCAAGACGUAUGCCAACUUUCCAGAAGCACCUCAGGAGGAGGCUUCUCUCAGCAAUAGGCUCAAGACGUAUGCCAACUUUCCAGAAGCACCUCAGGAGGAGGCUUCUCUCAGCAAUAGGAUCAAGACGUAUGCCAACUUUCCAGAAGCACCUCAGGAUGAGGCUUCUCUCAGCAAUAGGCUCAAGACGUAUGCCAACUUUCCAGAAGCACCUCAGGAGGAGGCUUCUCUCAGCAAUAGGCUCAAGACGUAUGCCAACUUUCCAGAAGCACCUCAGGAGGAAGCUUCUCUCAGCAAUAGGCUCAAGCCGUAUGCCAACUUUCCAGAAGCACCUCAGGAUGAGGCUUCUCUCAGCAAUAGGCUCAAGACGUAUGCCAACUUUCCAGAAGCACCUCAGGAGGAAGCUUCUCUCAGCAAUAGGCUCAAGACGUAUGCCAACUUUCCAGAAGCACCUCAGGAGGAGGCUUCUCUCAGCAAUAGGCUCAAGACGUAUGCCAACUUUCCAGAAGCACCUGACGAGGAGGCUUCUCUCAGCAAUAGGCUCAAGACGUAUGCCAACUUUCCAGAAGCACCUCAGGAUGAGGCUUCUCUCAGCAAUAGGCUCAAGACGUAUGCCAACUUUCCAGAAGCACCUCAGGAGGAAGCUUCUCUCAGCAAUAGGCUCAAGACGUAUGCCAACUUUCCAGAAGCACCUCAGGAGGAGGCUUCUCUCAGCAAUAGGCUCAAGACGUAUGCCAACUUUCCAGAAGCACCUCAGGAGGAGGCUUCUCUCAGCAAUAGGCUCAAGACGUAUGCCAACUUUCCAGAAGCACCUCAGGAGGAGGCUUCUCUCAGCAAUAGGCUCAAGACGUAUGCCAACUUUCCAGAAGCACCUCAGGAGGAGGCUUCUCUCAGCAAUAGGCUCAAGACGUAUGCCAACUUUCCAGAAGCACCUCAGGAGGAGGCUUCUCUCAGCAAUAGGCUCAAGACGUAUGCCAACUUUCCAGAAGCACCUCAGGAGGAGGCUUCUCUCAGCAAUAGGCUCAAGACGUAUGCCAACUUUCCAGAAGCACCUCAGGAAGAGGCUUAUCUCAGCAAUAGGCUCAAGCCGUAUGCCAACUUUCCAAAAGAACGUCACGAGGAGGCUUCUCUCAGCAAUAGGCUCAAGACGUAUGCCAACUUUCCAGAAGCACCUCAGGAGGAGGCUUCUCUCAGCAAUAGGCUCAAGACGUAUGCCAACUUCCCAGAAGCACCUCAGGAGGAGGCUUCUCUCAGCAAUAAGCUCAAGACGUAUGCCAACUUUCCAGAAGCACCUCAGGAGGAGGCUUCUCUCAGCAAUAGGCUCAAGACGUAUGCCAACUUUCCAGAAGCACCUCAGGAAGAGGCUUAUCUCAGCAAUAGGCUCAAGACGUAUGCCAACUUUCCAGAAGCACCUCAGGAGGAGGCUUCUCUCAGCAAUAGGCUCAAGACGUAUGCCAACUUUCCAGAAGCACCUCAGGAGGAGGCUUCUCUCAGCAAUAGGCUCAAGACGUAUGCCAACUUUCCAGAAGCACCUCAGGAGGAGGCUUCUCUCAGCAAUAGGCUCAAGACGUAUGCCAACUUUCCAGAAGCACCUCAGGAAGAGGCUUAUCUCAGCAAUAGGCUCAAGACGUAUGCCAACUUUCCAGAAGCACCUCAGGAGGAGGCUUCUCUCAGCAAUAGGCUCAAGACGUAUGCCAACUUCCCAGAAGCACCUCAGGAGGAGGCUUCUCUCAGCAAUAGGCUCAAGACGUAUGCCAACUUUCCAGAAGCACCUCAGGAGGAGGCUUCUCUCAGCAAUAGGCUCAAGACGUAUGCCAACUUUCCAGAAGCACCUCAGGAAGAGGCUUAUCUCAGCAAUAGGCUCAAGACGUAUGCCAACUUUCCAGAAGCACCUCAGGAGGAGGCUUCUCUCAGCAAUAGGCUCAAGACGUAUGCCAACUUUCCAGAAGCACCUCAGGAGGAGGCUUCUCUCAGCAAUAGGCUCAAGACGUGUGCCAACUUUCCAGAAGCACCUCAGGAGGAGGCUUCUCUCAGCAAUAGGCUCAAGACGUAUGCCAACUUUCCAGAAGCACCUCAGGAGGAGGCUUCUCUCAGCAAUAGGCUCAAGACGUAUGCCAACUUUCCAGAAGCACCUCAGGAAGAGGCUUAUCUCAGCAAUAGGCUCAAGCCGUAUGCCAACUUUCCAAAAGAACGUCACGAGGAGGCUUCUCUCAGCAAUAGGCUCAAGACGUAUGCCAACUUUCCAGAAGCACCUCAGGAGGAGGCUUCUCUCAGCAAUAGGCUCAAGACGUAUGCCAACUUUCCAGAAGCACCUCAGGAAGAGGCUUAUCUCAGCAAUAGGCUCAAGACGUAUGCCAACUUUCCAGAAGCACCUCAGGAGGAGGCUUCUCUCAGCAAUAGGCUCAAGACGUAUGCCAACUUUCCAGAAGCACCUCAGGAAAAAGCUUAUCUCAGCAAUAGGCUCAAGACGUAUGCCAACUUUCCAGAAGCACCUCAGGAGGAGGCUUCUCUCAGCAAUAGGCUCAAGACGUAUGCCAACUUUCCAGAAGCACCUCAGGAGGAGGCUUCUCUCAGCAAUAGGCUCAAGACGUAUGCCAACUUUCCAGAAGCACCUCAAGAAGAGGCUUAUCUCAGCAAUAGGCUCAAGCCGUAUGCCAACUUUCCAAAAGAACGUCACGAGGAGGCUUCUCUCAGCAAUAGGCUCAAGACGUAUGCCAACUUUCCAGAAGCACCUGAGGAGGAGGCUUCUCUCAGCAAUAGGCUCAAGACGUAUGCCAACUUCCCAGAAGCACCUCAGGAGGAGGCUUCUCUCAGCAAUAAGCUCAAGACGUAUGCCAACUUUCCAGAAGCACCUCAGGAGGAGGCUUCUCUCAGCAAUAGGCUCAAGACGUAUGCCAACUUUCCAGAAGCACCUCAGGAAGAGGCUUAUCUCAGCAAUAGGCUCAAGCCGUAUGCCAACAUUCCAAAAGAACGUCACGAGGAGGCUUCUCUCAGCAAUAGGCUCAAGACGUAUGCCAACUUUCCAGAAGCACCUCAGGAGGAGGCUUCUCUCAGCAAUAGGCUCAAGACGUAUGCCAACUUUCCAGAAGCACCUCAAGAAAAAGCUUAUCUCAGCAAUAGGCUCAAGACGUAUGCCAACUUUCCAGAAGCACCUCAGGAGGAGGCUUCUCUCAGCAAUAGGCUCAAGACGUAUGCCAACUUUCCAGAAGCACCUCAGGAGGAGGCUUCUCUCAGCAAUAGGCUCAAGACGUAUGCCAACUUUCCAGAAGCACCUCAAGAAGAGGCUUAUCUCAGCAAUAGGCUCAAGACGUAUGCCAACUUCCCAGAAGCACCUCAGGAGGAGGCUUCUCUCAGCAAUAAGCUCAAGACGUAUGCCAACUUUCCAGAAGCACCUCAGGAGGAGGCUUCUCUCAGCAAUAGGCUCAAGACGUAUGCCAACUUUCCAGAAGCACCUCAGGAAGAGGCUUAUCUCAGCAAUAGGCUCAAGCCGUAUGCCAACAUUCCAAAAGAACGUCACGAGGAGGCUUCUCUCAGCAAUAGGCUCAAGACGUAUGCCAACUUUCCAGAAGCACCUCAGGAGGAGGCUUCUCUCAGCAAUAGGCUCAAGACGUAUGCCAACUUCCCAGAAGCACCUCAGGAGGAGGCUUCUCUCAGCAAUAGGCUCAAGACGUAUGCCAACUUUCCAGAAGCACCUCAAGAAAAAGCUUAUCUCAGCAAUAGGCUCAAGACGUAUGCCAACUUUCCAGAAGCACCUCAGGAGGAGGCUUCUCUCAGCAAUAGGCUCAAGACGUAUGCCAACUUUCCAGAAGCACCUCAGGAGGAGGCUUCUCUCAGCAAUAGGCUCAAGACGUAUGCCAACUUUCCAGAAGCACCUCAAGAAAAGGCUUAUCUCAGCAAUAGGCUCAAGCCGUAUGCCAACUUUCCAAAAGAACGUCACGAGGAGGCUUCUCUCAGCAAUAGGCUCAAGACGUAUGCCAACUUUCCAGAAGCACCUCAGGAGGAGGCUUCUCUCAGCAAUAGGCUCAAGACGUAUGCCAACUUCCCAGAAGCACCUCAGGAGGAGGCUUCUCUCAGCAAUAAGCUCAAGCCGUAUGCCAACAUUCCAAAAGAACGUCACGAGGAGGCUUCUCUCAGCAAUAGGCUCAAGACGUAUGCCAACUUUCCAGAAGCACCUCAGGAGGAGGCUUCUCUCAGCAAUAGGCUCAAGACGUAUGCCAACUUCCCAGAAGCACCUCAGGAGGAGGCUUCUCUCAGCAAUAAGCUCAAGCCGUAUGCCAACAUUCCAAAAGAACGUCACGAGGAGGCUUCUCUCAGCAAUAGGCUCAAGACGUAUGCCAACUUUCCAGAAGCACCUCAGGAAAAAGCUUAUCUCAGCAAUAGGCUCAAUCCGUAUGCCAACAUUCCAAAAGAACGUCACGAGGAGGCUUCUCUCAGCAAUAGGCUCAAGACGUAUGCCAACUUUCCAGAAGCACCACAGGAGGAGGCUUCUCUCAGCAAUAGGCUCAAGACGUAUGCCAACUUCACAAAAACACCUCAGGAGGAGGCUUCUCUCAGCAAUAGGCUCAAGACGUAUGCCAACUUUCUCAAAGCAUCUCACGAGAAGGCUUCUCUCAGCAAUAGGGCCAUCCGCGCCGUAAGUCGAGAACAUACCCCAGGUCCCCGCCGCAACUCGAGAAAAACCAUGAGACUUCCCCCUAGAGGCGAGAUGAGGCCCCAUUCCCCUGCAGUGCAUGCAGAGCUAUUCCGUGAUCCCGUUCAAACAAGUCAGGAGCUUCGACUUGCUUAA